CCGAUCAGUUGGAAUGAUGAUUUGACUGUAGUCACAUGAAUUUUCGUGGUGUUAGUCAAGGUUGUAGAUAUAUUUCGGGAACGCAUAAUAGAUAUAUACAGAAUAGCAAUUGUUACAAUCGACAAAAGCCAAUGUGUUCAUCAGCAAUCGAUAGGGGAUGUGAUCUUAGGAACACGAAAUAUCUCUUAGUUUGAACCAAAUGAUCCAGGGAAGAUGUCGGCUAUGGAAUCUAACCCUUUGCGCCCUAGCUUUCCUUUUCAUAUACAACCUAAUUCUCACCAUGAAACUUGUCUAUUCCCCGGAAUGCCAUAAACACCAAACGCCAGUCGUGAAACCUGUGAAGCCGGCAAGGCAAAAAUGCGAACCAAUAGGAACCAACCAAAACACUCGGACUUUCAACCUGGAUUUAACUUUGGGGAGAUGGGACAACGCUCAGAGAUACAAAUUAUUCGACAAUAUUCUAGUAGGUGACAGAUUCGCCCCAUUGAACGACCUUUACAAGACCUGCCUAGCAACGCAGAGUUCCCUGGACAAGCUCCCCUCUCUCGCAGAAGUAGCUAGUCAUUGGUCUGGACCCAUUUCCCUGGCACUUUUUGCCGCCAGUGGGCCAGAAUUGGACGCUUUGCUGUCGUACGUAGCGUAUCUGAGGAAGUGCGACCAAGGCAUUAGAGACAGAGUGAGCUUUCAUCUAGGCAUGGCCAGAGAAAGGCUGCCGAGAACCUUCGACUUGGAUGAGGAUAAGUUGGAGGAGAUGGAUUGCAGGAAACCGUUAGAGGUGUUACGCAACCUGUACGAGGCCUCCACCAUGACAGCCUCCCGAUGGCGAACCAAAUUAGCCUACCCCCAAAACCAUCUUCGCAACCUGGCGAGAAAGAACUGCCAGUCGAAACACGUUUUUCUCACUGACGUAGAUAUCGUGCCAAGCCGGGGCGCAGCCGAGGGGUUGGACGUUUUUCUGGAGCAGGCAAAGUGUCCGGGAGAUGGAAAAUGUGCCUACGUGGUGCCAACAUACGAAAUUGACGAGAGAGUCCGCUUUCCGAGGAAUAAGAGCGAGUUGGUUCGAUUGGCGGAGAAGGGACUGGCUAGACCCUUUCACCACAAGGUGUUUAUUUAUAACCAGUACGCAACGAAUUUUACUAGGUGGCAAGCACAUAGCAACGACGGACCUAACAUCCAUAUCAGUCAUCCAGUGACGAAUUUUGAGUUCCUUUACGAGCCAUUUUAUAUCGCUCCUGAUACAGUGCCACCACAUGACGAACGAUUCGUUGGUUAUGGAUACACGAGAAACAGUCAAGUGUACGAAAUGUUCGUAGCAGGGUACGAAUUCCUGGUGCUGUCCCCUAUUUUCACCUGCCACUGGGGCUUGCAGGUGAAACGAUCCAGACCUCCCUGGCGAGAGCACCAGAACAACCUCAACAGGAAGCAGUUCGACGCUUUCAAGAGGGAGAUUUUCGCCAAAUACAACAAGGACCCGCUCAAUAUGAUGGCCAAUCAUAAGACAUGAUUUUUAUCGAUCGAAAGUUUGUAAAUAAACCAUUUCCGAAAUGUA